GCGGCCCGCCAUAAUAACGCCCGGAGCCAAGCAAAGCCAAGCCAGCCGCGCCCAGGCCACCACCACCCAUUCCAUACGCCCAGCGAACCACGAGCUCACUCGGCCACUGCCUGCCGCCGCCGCCGGUUCCCUCGAGCGCGCGCUCUGCUCUUGGCCGUCACGAUGGCGACGGCAUGGGUGCGGUCCCUCAGCUGCAGGUCCUACGGCGUGGCGGACGCCGUCGUCGCGCCGUCCCCGAGCAAGAAGGCCCAGCCGCUUCUCCCUGCGUCGUGCGGCGCCGCGGCGGACGUGAGGGACUCGGUGGCGUCCGCGCGGCAGGCGUGGAAGCAGCAGAAGCCGCGCCGGGAGCGGCGGAGGGACGGGCAGGAGAGGCAGCAGGAGUUGGCGAGACCGCGGCCCAAGAAGAAGCCCAAGCAGACGGCGGCCGCGUUCAUGCCGUCGCCCGCCACCGCGCCCGCGAGCUCGGCGUUCCUGACCAUGGCGGAGCUGCCGGAGGGCCACUCGUCGCGCCAGGUGGUGGAGCUCAUCUUCUCGUCCGGCUGGGACCUGACGGCCACCGCGCCGCCGGAGGUGGAAGCGAUGUUCCGCGUGCACAGCGGCGCGCGGGCGGUGGCACGGUUCGAGGAGGCCAGGGCGGCGGCACGCGCGCACGGCGCCGCGGCCCGGUGCGGCGCCGACGGCAACGAGAUGAUGCGCUUCCAGUGCCGCCCGGCCGCGGGCGCGGGCGUGGGCGGCGUCUUCGGUGCUGGCGUCGCCACCUGCCAGCUCGGCCCGUCCAGCUCCGCGGUGCGCACCUUCGCCUGCAGCGGCACCGCGCACGCCAGAGCCGCGCCGUCGCCCGGCGCGGUUCGCAGGGCCAUGCUGGUGUGCCGCGUCAUCGCCGGGCGCGUCCGGCCGGCGCACGGCGACGACCCGCUGGCUCUUCGGCACCGCUCCUCGCACUACGACUCCGUGGACAUGGGCAACGGCGAGCUCGUCGUCCUGGACAGCCGCGCCGUGCUCCCCUGCUUCCUCAUCAUCUACAAGGUCUAGCCGCGCGCGCGCGCGCCAAUUAACCAACCAGCCACCCGUUAAUCACCGCCCGUCGUACCAAAUUACCGUCCUCUUUUUGUCUCUUGCUUAACAUUCCGGAGCCGGCAGGCGACACUGCCACUGCGCCAGUACGUAGAAUUGACAGAGAUCAUCGACCCAAGCCCUUGUGUAAAACAGUAAAAAGAUUGCUUCUUCUUUUUUUGCUCCCAUUGAAUCUCAUCUUGAAAUGGUGUAUAAAAAUGUUCUUGCUCGUCUCACUUUUCACCGUCGAUUCAAACAUCUAUGGCUCCCUCUCUGCAUGCAUGUACUACGGACUCCGUUCUGAAAUUUUAUCCUUUGUGGCAUCUUUUCCCGCUUUUUCCGGCGCAGGGAUUUGUCUGCGUAGGUUUAAAGUUUUCUUGUCGCACAGCUCUCUCGUGUUUGCUUGCUUCUCCUUUUGCCAUUGCCAGGCAGUAUUUGUCGCCGCUUGAGGGCGAUUAGCAUCCGUAUGGUGUUUUUGUCAGGUAGGAUAUAAGAGGAAGUUGGCAACAUCUUGAGAGGCCCGGCGCAAAGUUUUCGGGCUCGUGGUCUGGUCCUUUGAGGAAGAAAACGCCCGUCUCCUCUGGAGGCCUUUGGUCCCUUGCUGCCUGUCCGCAUCCAUCCCAUUGCCAAAUUGCCAUCCGUUCUAGGCUCGUGAUCACGCAUG